GUCUGCAGACUGCAUCAAACAGUGUCUGUUUUCUUACUGCUGCUGUCAUUUUAUGCGUACAUAAUUAACAUUAGUUUCAUGUGUUCUGAUAUACACAAUUAAAAUGCAUGAUAGAGAUAGUAAUGAUGGUGAAAGUUUUGAGGGAGAGACGAUGGUUUCAUACUACGAAUUGGUAUUAUUGCUGAUUACAAAUGUAGGAUGGUACAUUGUUGGGACAACUGUUAUUCUCAUCUAUGCGUGGCCAUUUCUUCAUAAGCAAUGGUUGGGUUGGAAAAAAAAUAAAGAUGACUAUGAAUAUGAUGCAAAAUAUCAUAAGAACGUGGAUUUAAAUUCCAAAUUAUUAUUAGCUCAACAUAAAGCAAGAGAAAAAAUGGAACAAAAGUAUUUGCAAGACCGUGAAAUUGCUAUUCAAAAAGAACAAGCUAAAAAAAUGAAAAAGCAACAGGAGUUAUUGAAAUUACAAAGUCAGUUGCUUUCUGAUAAUUAUCGUCUAGAUAGUAAUGAAUCCAAAGAUAGUACUGGACCUUCGAAAUCUAGAUUAAGAGCCGAUUAUAAUCCUCUGAUGGGUAGUGGUAGCAGUGGAAAAUAUGUACCACCAAAACGAUCUGCAUGUAGCAAAGGAGGGUGUGGAAGACAAUGAGUAAAAACUCAUAUUUAAUCUAGCAAUUCUGUUAAUUUUUUAUUAUUAAAAAUUUUUCAAUUGUUUCAACACAUUUAUAAAUAAAAAUUAUAUGAUUUCCUUAAUAUAACGAUAUAUGUUCAGUGGAAACUAAAUUCACAAGUUGAAUCAGUUUUAACAAAAUCAAUGAACUUUAAAGCAUUAUCAAUAAAUCAACUUUUUGAAUAACAAAUA